GACGAUGAGCGGAGCCGCCGCGACCUUUCUGCUGCUGCUGCUCAGCGGCCGAGCUGCCCUCACGGUCGGCCGGUCCCUGAACGCACCGCGGGACGGUAACGACGGUCUGACCGCGACCGUCACAGGUGCGGACAGAGGGUGGCGCCCCCUGCUGGAGAAGACUCGUCCCUUUGUACUGAUGGACGGACAGAGACGGAGCCUCGCUGAAGCGUUACAGUAUGGUCACCCCAACAGGCUGCAGUGUGGACUGGAGGUGGGAGGACAACUCUUCCUGUUGGACCUGGAGAAGAACCACGACCUGCUGCCUAAACCACCCAACGUCUUCUACUAUUUGCCCAACGGAACCGGCGUGUCUGUGACAGCCAACCCUGUGACUCACUGUUAUUACCAAGGCAGUGUCAGGGGAUUCCCUCAGUCCAGAGUGGCUCUGAGCACCUGCUCCGGACUCAGAGGCGUCAUCGCCAUCAACUCCACGCUGAGCUUCGAGCUGCAGCCCCAGGAGGACGACCACCAACACCCCGACCAGCAGGGGCAGGAGGAGUGGGGAGGAGGGGAGAGUGGAGAAGAUGGCAGUGAAGGAAGUGGAGGUCGAGAAGGAGGUGAAGAAGGAGUCCAUUUAUUGUUCUCCACUAGUCCCCUGGAGGGCGAUGUUGCUGGAGGCUGCGUGGUGUCACACACUGCUCUCCCCCCGAUCCACAGCUUCACUCACACACACAGGAAAAAGAGAGACAUCUUGACAGAGACGAAAUACAUCGAGCUUGUGCUGGUGGCUGAUCACCAGGAGUUCAUGAAUUAUCAGAAGAACAACAACACCAUCAUCUACCGCAUGCUGGACGUGGCCAACCAGGUGGACUGGUUCUACCGUCCUCUGAACGUGCGGGUGGCUUUGACCGGUCUGGAGAUCUGGAGCGACCGAGACAAGAUCCAGGUGGAGAAGAGUCCCACGGUCACACUCAACAACUUCCUGGAGUGGAGAACCAGAGAGCUGCUGCCACGCCUUCGCCAUGACAACGCCCAGCUUGUCAUGGGCGGGUCAUUUGACGGCACCACAGUGGGGAUGGCGUCCCAGGCGUCCAUGUGCUCCAGAGACCGGUCGGGUGGAGUUAACGUGGAUCACCUGGUCAGCGUGCUGGGCGUGGCCUCUACUGUGGCGCAUGAGCUUGGUCACAAUUUGGGGAUGAGCCACGACACGGCCGAGCGCCGCUGCUCCUGCCAGAAUGAGCCGCGUCUGGGAGGAUGCAUCAUGGAGCCGUCCACCGGGUUCCUGCCAGGUCAGCAGUUCAGCAGCUGCAGCGCCGCAGACCUGUCCGUCAGCCUGCUGCACGGGGGGGGGAUGUGUCUCUUCAACGUCCCACAGCCCGACCUCCUGCUGGGAGGACCUCGCUGUGGAAACCUGUACCUGGAGCGAGGAGAGGAGUGUGACUGUGGCCUGCUGGAGGAGUGUGAUGACCCUUGCUGUAACGCAUCCACGUGUCAGCUGCUUCCUGGAGCUCAGUGUUCUUCUGAUGGAAUCUGUUGUCACAACUGUAAACUGCGAGCAGCGGGCUCGGUGUGUCGGGAGCCGAUUGGAGAAUGUGACCUCCCUGAGUUCUGCACCGGCUCCUCCCCCCACUGUCCACCCAAUGUCUUCCUGCAGAACGGAGAGCUCUGUGAGGAUGGCGCCUCCUACUGCCACGGAGGCGUUUGUGCCAGCAUGAACACCCAGUGUCAGACGCUGUGGGGACCCAACGCCACCAGUGCUCCGGCCGUCUGCUUCUCAUCUGUCAAUAAACAAGGAAACAAACAUGGGAACUGUGGUCAGCUGAACAACAGAUCCUACAUCCCCUGUGGAAACUCUGACGUUCACUGCGGACGGAUUCAGUGUCAAGGCGGGAGAGAGCGCCCCCUGCUGGGCACCAACGCAGAGAUCCUCACCACCACUGUCCGCUUCAAUGUCAGUGACCUCAUCUGCAGAGGAACUUUCUUCCACCUUGGAGAUGACGUGUCCGACCCUGCCACUGUGGCCCAGGGCACCGCCUGCGGACCCGCAAAGGCCUGUUUGAACCAGAGGUGUCAGAACGUGUCCGUGUUCGGCGUUGACGACUGUCGCAGGAAAUGUAACGGCCAUGGGGUGUGUAACAGUAAUAGUAACUGUCACUGUGAUGUGGGCUGGGCUCCUCCUGACUGCAGGCACUCCGGUCAUGGCGGCAGCGUGGACAGCGGCCCGGCCUCAGCUGCAGCAGCGUCGGACCCGGUCAGAGUCGCUCUGCUCGUUGUCUUCCUCUUCAUCCUGCCAGUGCUCCUCCUCUUCCUCGCUCUUCGCUUCCCUCGUGUGCGUCGGAGUCUUCUCUGUGUCAGACCAAACAGCCCUUUUCGCAAAGCUCGACAACACAACCGUGUUACUCACAGUGAGAUGUGGGACUUGGAGUUUGACCAUAUCCACAUCUCCAGAACUAAGACGAUGGAGCGAGUGGACGAUGGCGAUCAGGUCCAAGCGCUGAGAUACCACCUGAACCCACAGGCUGACAUCCCAAUGACGCCCCCCCGCAAAGAGGUUCAUGACAGACCUGCUCCUCCCACUAAGCCUCUCCCCCCUGACCCCACCCUAAACUCCCUGCCGCAGGUUCCUCUUCCACUCAAACCUAUCGUGCCAAAGAAGCCCCGCCCCCUGGCGCCACCAUCCCAUCCCCACCUUCCCCCUCUCCCACCUCAACCCGCUGCCUGCACCUCCAACACCACAAUCCGACCACACAGCACCGUCGCACCUACAGGGCUUUCCAAAAGACGACCUCCUGCUCCUCCCACUCGACCCACCAUCCCUCAGAAAGUCGAGUCCUCGUCGCUGCUUUGAGCUCGAUGGUUGAGUCUCCUCCGGACCUGAGGAUGACAAAGACAAUGAUGAUGAAGACUUUUCCAUCAUCAUCACUGGGUUUCUCAUUUAAAUCCUUCAUGAACUCACGGAAACUGUCUGUACGUGUUAGUGCCUUGCUCAACAGCACCUCAGCAGUGGACACUCAGGAAUCAAUCUUGCGACCUUUGACCCCAGUGGGUGUGUCAGAGGUGUCCUGGUGUCAGAAAACAGCGUCCCCUGGAGGCUCAGGGGGCAAUUGCCUUGCUUGAGGACACAGGAAUCAAACCUGUGAGUAAAGUCUGAUUUACAUAGUAGUUAACAAACUGAGGUGCAGCGCCCUCUGCAGGAUUAUUUAAUUAAGUUGAAAUAUUUUCAGAAAAAAUGACGAGGAACAAUAUUUUCAGUAACUAGUACAAUUUUAGACUUUAUUCAUAGAAUCCAUCAACCUGACAACAUGUCACAACUGUGAUUUUGGAAUGUUUUACCUUUUUGAUAAAAUAUUUCUCUUGUUUUAUAUUUCAAUUAUAUCUAGACUUUUUAUAAACUCGUGGCCACGAUGCUUCGUCGUAGCGAAAGUCUUUUUUGUGCCCAAACCUCUUCUCACUCACUGACUGCUGGAAUCAACUUUUACUGCCUUCGCCGAUGUGACAGAGAACUUUCUGACCAACAAUGUUUUCUGGACGUGAUCUGGCUCUGAAGGAACUGAAGCCUUAACUGAAGUCACCGGUUCUAACUGGGUGUGGCUGAGCUGGAUCAUGUUUUUAUUUUUCAAAAGAGAACGUACGCUGCAUCAGCUGUUCGUGACGGCACGCUGAGGAUGAGCAAGAUGAGUUAAGUGUGGAUGCAAAACGAUGAUUUUGAAAAAGGACGUGUGGAUUUUUACUUCCUUCAAACUGUUUGAGACUUGAAACAAACACAAACUGAUUUUGUUCUAUAAAACAAUGUUUUCAGUUUAGCUUCCAUCAGAAUCGAUGACUCGUCAGUUUGUCUUUGUCCACACUCAUGUUCCAGCUUCACUCUCUACAUGUCAAACAUCACGUCCUAACUUUAUGUAAAUAUAUUUUAUAUAUUUUUAUUUACACUAUAUUUAGUUUUAUACACAAACCAUUUGAAAUUAAAAGAACAUCGACAUGUUAUUAAAUCAAAAGGCUGCAGAAUGAUCGAUAAACUUAAGUUUAAUUUCAAUUUCUUUCUGUUUAACUUCAGUUUGACUUCAGUUAAGUUUUACUUGAGUUAACAAACAGACACACAGCAACUUGUACAUUGUAGAAUUUAUCAAACCACUGCAGGACCGAAUGUUUUCACCCAACGAUCCUUAAAUCAUUCAGAUAAAACAGUUUCUACAUCAUC